AGGAAAAAAAAAACAAUAAUUAAAUUACAGAGAGAGAGAGAGAGAGAGAGAGCAGUGAUGGCAGCCAUAGGAGAUGGUGGUGAUCUGGAGAACCGAAUGUCGGCGAAGCAUCACCGAGGGAUCGGAAGCAAAGGCGUUGAUCGGACCGGACUCGGUCCCCCGCCUAGGCCCGCGCCGUUGGUCUACUCUGAUUUAACCGGCGAUGACGUCGCUUCUUCGUCGCAGUGGACGUCGUGGCUUGUUCCGAUGUUCGUCGUCUCUAACGUGAUGGUCUUCGUCGCUACGAUGUUUGUAAACAACUGUCCCGCGCAUUCCCACGGUCCUAACCGCCACUGUGUCGCUACUUUCCUCGGGAGACUCUCCUUCGAGCCUCUCCGUAACAAUCCUCUCUUCGGUCCCUCUUCUCGCACAUUGGAGAAGUUAGGAUCACUUGAGUGGGAUAAAGUUGUGGAGAAGCAUGAAGCUUGGCGUCUCUUGACUUGUAUAUGGUUACACGCCGGUGUUAUUCAUCUUGCUGCUAAUAUGUUAAGCCUUGUGUUCAUUGGUAUACGCCUUGAGCAGCAAUUUGGCUUCGUUAGGAUUGGAGUUAUAUACUUAAUGUCUGGAAUGGGAGGAAGCAUCUUGUCUUCUCUGUUUAUCAAAAACAGUAUCUCUGUUGGAGCGUCUGGUGCUCUUUUUGGACUUCUUGGCUCAAUGCUUUCCGAACUUCUCACCAACUGGACUAUCUACUCUAACAAGAUUGCGGCACUUUUGACGCUUUUGUUUGUCAUUGCGAUAAACCUAGCCAUCGGGAUUCUACCUCACGUUGAUAACUUUGCUCACGUCGGUGGAUUUCUAACGGGGUUUCUCCUCGGUUUCCUUCUCCUGGCUCGUCCCCAGUUCAAGUGGUUAGCAAGAGAAAAUAUGCCACAAGGCAGACGUCUGACGUCCAAGUACAAGCCUUACCAGUACAUAUUGUGGCUCUUGUCUCUCGCUCUGUUGAUCGCCGGGUUCGUGAUAGCGCUUGUGCUGCUAUUCAAAGGAGAAGACGGGAAUGAUCACUGCCGAUGGUGUCGCUACCUGCGUUGUAUUCCCACCUCAAGAUGGAGUUGUGAUGACGUCUGAUAUGUAAGCAAACAUGUUUGUAAAUGCAUAUAUACAUUAUUAUAUAGGUACUUUUAUGAUCUCCUUUGCUAGUAGUAGUUCAGGAGAUUGUUUGAUUGCUUUUGUGUGUGUGCCUACUAUCUCUUUACCGCAGAAAACGAGAAGAAAAGAAAAAGAAUUUGUUUAGUAGAAAAAAGAUUAUAUCAAUCAACUCAUAGCUCUAAGUUGUGUGA